AUGAAUCUCCCUAUUUUGACUGCCGUCCUUCUUGGACUCAUCCUGACUCCAGCCCUUGCUGAUUAUUCUCAGCAGACGGAUAACAAUUGCCAGGUGUCUGUUGGAGGUGUUUUCCAAAAUCUGACUCUCAGUAGUCAAACAUUUGUGGUGGUUAUUGAACAAAGGAGUGACCACUUCUCAUGGAAAACCAUCUGGAACUACAAAAUGGGUAUCAUUGCAACCAAAGUGAUGCCAGAGAGAACUUGCUACGUUUCCACCAUGAACAGAAAUGAGAUGCCCAGCUUUGAAAAUCUGGUCCAACUGGUUUCGCAGAAUAGGAACCUGCUCGGUCUUGGAAGGCCGACCAAGAAGAUCACCUUUGUCACCAAUGGAUUGGUCCACAACCUCAACUCCUAUGGAAUAGAAAUCACCACUAUGUGCAGCGGACUCACCACCUACAUGGCUUACGAAGUUCACAGACUCCAAGUGAAUCUGGGAUCAUGCAUUACCCUCAAUGUCCUGAGAGUCGUGGAGCUUCAGUACUGCACUGGCAAUGGCGAUGGCAAUGGACAGGUGAGAAAACCUUAG